AUGUCAAGGGACAACUCGAAACCUUCAGCAUUCGCGCCAUGGACCGAGUCCGAGGCCUCAGAGAACUUCACGAACGUACGGCCCUCCUUAUCACGAGCCCAGGAGCGACAAGCGCGACACUAUAACAAGACUCGACAGCAAAUGUCCUUCGAGGAGGGUGAUUGGGUCCUUAUUUCCACCAAGAACCUUCCGUUGAGACGUCCGACCAAAAAGCUGACUGACAAGUACGUCGGGCCAUACCAGAUUGACCAAGUCGUUGGGGGUCAUAAACUAGCCUACCGCCUACGCCUGCCUUCAACAGUCAAGAUUCACAAUGUCUUGCCUGUCAGCAGCUUGGAGCUCUAUCGGACUCGAAAUCAAGAGCCUAUUGAGCCUGAGGAUCAUCCGUUUAUACCCGAGUCUACCUAUGACGUUGAAAAGAUUCUCGAUCAUCAAGGGCCGAAAAGUCGUCGGAGGUAUCUUGUGAAAUGGAAAAGACAUGGAGAUGAAGAGAACUCUUGGGUGUCCAGAAGCGACUUUGUGGAUAAAGCGUUUCUGGCGGACUACGACCAGUCUGUCUUGAAACUUAAGAGUUCGGGACGAACUCUUCAGGAGGAAGGGGCAACCUGUCACGCGCCUAAAGUGCUUGACCACGGUAGAUGGCUGGUUGAUUCCAACCACUGGCUGGAGUGA